AUGCUGUUGAAGACGUUCUACUUGAAAAUCAAAAUCAAAUUUCCCUAUCUGGCAGCUUUUUAUCCUCCUUCUGGAGAUGUGGCUGCAAAGUUUGUUGAAUACCUGUUUGCUGAAAAGAAAAUCCCUUCACACCUUCCUUUGACAUUAACUGUGGAAAAGGAACAAUUUGCUAAAAGUUACCUUCCUGUAGAAACCAUCUGUUUUUAUUGUAAAUCACCACUAACUGAGCCACACUGUGUAACAAGAAAUGCAAAGCUGGUAACUAUGAAAGGGAUUAUUGAAGGAAUUUCGCUGUUUGCAAAGUUUUGUGUCGAGUGCAAGAUACCGUACAGAUACCAGGAGUAUUCAGCUGGUGUUCACAAUUUUAAUGACAACUGGCUUUUAAGUUUGGGAAUAUGUGAUAUGAUCAGAAAACAUCUUCAGGUUCACAACGCUGUCAGUCGCACUGUUGAGGCAAUUGAAAACUGGCUGCAGUUGCGACCAUUUCAGUUACCACGUGGUCAAAUGAUGAACGCGUAUCUUCACUUUGAAGCUCUCUCAGAUCAUGACUAUGGGUUUUCUUGUGUUUUGUGUGGACACUUUCCUCCCCUGUUAACUCUAGAUGUAGACAAGAAAGGAAUCUUUGAACUAGCGGUUAGUGAACUUCAGUUGCCAGACCCCGAAUCCGAUGCUCCUGCAGAUGAAGUGGACGCUGAAAAGUACUGGCAACAAGUGAACUGUGGGAUCUUAUACAGAGGAGUAUUGAGAGGUACUGAAAAAAACCCUUUAGAAAUCAAGCCUUCAUAUAAGUUUGGGGCCCCAUAUAUUGGCCCAAAAUGCAGAAGAGGAAGGAAACUUUUUAAUACCGAAUACAUGAAAGCGUAUCAUAAACAAAACCUAACAUCAGCUGGGGCUACAUCUGAUGAAUGUUCAAUUGAAAAGCUCAUGGAUUUGUUCUGUGAAGGAAAAGUACCUGUUAUAAGAGAAAUGGCCAGAAGUUUAAAUGUGAGCGACAAGGGGUCGAAACUUGAUAUAAUUAACCGUAUAAAAUCUGUUUUGAAUAUCGAAGAAACGUUUCUUAAACUUUUCUCAAAGAUGUGGGUGGUUCAGGUAAGGCGGUUGGUUGGGAAUGACGUGUCCACAUGGAGUAUGCUAUGGUCUGAAAUGGCUAUUGCGACAAGAAGGACCACGAGAUCAUGUGGACAUGCUUAUGAAUCUCGCUGCUGUUCCGAAUGUUACCAUAUUGGAUAUGGCAAACAUGAUUGUAGCUCAUGCAAGGAACAGAGGAUACGACGUUUUCAUCCAUUCCAAGGUCGUGUUGCUGAAUAUAGCCUGGAAAAUAUCAGACGAGCUAAUAGUGGUGAGCUAGAGAUAGACUGGCCUUGGUUUCCAAACGGAGAAAGAUGCGACUUGUCAACUGUCGUACAAAGGUCGGAUGGUGAGCAGCUUCUGUGUAAUCCCUCAACUAGAUCUUCUGAUCAUUACUGCCUGUUUGAUCAAUUUCACGAGAAAAAUUCCACGAACCCAGCCGAUUGCUUGCGAAGAGUGUCUUGCGUUAACCAACUUGCCGGGAAGAUCAAUUCAGAAACUGCUGAACAACUCAACAACAGACGAAACCGUGAUAAUUACUUCACAACAUCUUUGACAGCUCACAAUUCCGUCUUCAUGGAGCGAUUGGCAACUCAUUUUAGUAAUGAGAAAUUAAACCAACGUAUCAUAAAUACUCAUCGCAAGCAGUUUGGAAUGGCUAUGAGUUUUAACUCCUUCGGUCAACUUAUAAGUAGAAAUGAAGAUGAUGGGACCGAGCAGGCAUCACAACCAAAACGCGUCCGUUUGUCGACUGAAAGUCUUUCAACAGCUAACAGACCUGCCACAAGUAGCAUUGGAACACUAAAUGAUGCUUGUGAUGAGUUGACACACGUUGCUGAGAAAAUGAAUCCCUCAGCUAUAAGCAGCUACGACCUUGUUAUAGACUAG